AUGGAAAAUAUCUCAGGGGCUAAACUGGAUGUCAUCUGGUCACCGGUGCACCAUGAUAAGUUCAUAAUAUGGGGGCCUGAUAUAACCUUAUAUGAAGUAGCCAGACUUAAAGAAAUAGAAAAAAAGACUUCAUUCACUCAAAUAUCCUCUACAAGGGGUGCUAUAGUAGUAGCCUCUCAAAGUGCAAGUGGAGUAUGUUGUGUGGAUAUAAGUGCUAUGGUCGAUCAACCAGAUCCUCUACUAGCACUGGGACAUGCCACUGGCAAAGUUACCUUAACAAGCCUUAAGCAGACAUAUGAUCCUCUAGGCUUAGUUGGAAGGGAGUUUGGGGUCAAGUAUGCUCGCCCGUGCAAUGGUGUGGCUUGGAACCACAAUGAAAACAACCUCAUUGCGGUUGCCUUGGAUAAACACCGUAGUGACAGCUGCGUACAGGUGUGGGAUGUGCAUCGUUCAUCCUUAUCUACUGAUGAUUAUCCAGACAAUGCAUCUCCACCUCCGUCGGAGCCGGGUCGGCCUGUUGCUGAGCUAGCAAUAUCAGAAACAGCACAUAGUGUUGCAUGGACUAACCUAGGCAAUCGAGUUUUGGCUGCAUCUAUGAACUUGAAGAAUAUAAAAAUUUUCGAUCUCAGAGAGCACACGGGUAAAGCGAUGGGCGUGGCAACGAGCCGACAGUGCCUGGGCGUGUGCGCGGAGCCAAGCGGCUGGCAGCUGGCAUCGCGAGGCGACGGCGGCGUAUGCGUGUGGGAUGCGCGCGCCCUCGCCCGCCCACUGCUGAACCUGCCCGCCGCGCGCCCGCCGCGCAAGAUACAGUGGUGCCCCACCAGACGCAACCUUUUACUUUCGCUGCAACGUGACUCCAGUACUUUACGUCUUCACGACAUCCAGCAAGCCCAGGAAUACAAAGCUACUCAAUCUUUCGACAGUUCUAUGUCGGCAACGCCAGCGCUGGAGGAGCUGGAUGAGCUGGAGGAGCAGCCGGCGCGCGGGCCUAGCGUGCUGGAGCGUGACGUGUGCCCCGCCUCGCAGCCGCUCGCCUCCUUCAGCUGGCACCCGGCGCACGAGGCGCGCCUGCUGGCCAUCUGUCUGACAGGUGGAGUAGUGGAGUACACGGUGUGCGAGCGCGUGACGGUGGGCUGGGGCGCGCGCGGCGGGCUGGUGUGGGCGGGCGGCGGAGCGCUACGCCUGAUGCGUGACGACUUCUACUCCACUCUGCGAGAUAUCUCACAUCUCAUGCAGCAACGCGCCAACACUGACUACGGACUCAAGCCGGACUUGUGGCAAAAUGCAGAUCUUGCUGAAGACGAGGCACUGAGUGGAUUGUGGCAUUUCUUAGCUCUGAGCAAGUCGCUGGUGGAAGAUGGCUGUUUUCGCAACAGUCCGUGGAAGCACCCUGGAGUUCGCACGGUGCUGCGAUCGCCGGGAGAAGGUGGAUACCGGUCCGAAGCAGUGCCGCUGCUGCUACCCGACAUGCCCAAUAGGAAGGUGACCGUGUACAGGAGCGCGGAGAGGCAGUGCGCGCUGCAGCUUUGCGGCUGGGGCUGGGGCUGGGAGAACGCGGGUGUGGGCGUGGAGCGCGCGGAGGCGGAGGGUACGCCGUGCCGCGCCGCCGCCAUCGCGGCAUUCCACUUGCGCGCGCGCGCCGCUCUCGACGUUCUGGCGCGCGCGCGCGAGCCGCGACUACGCGUCGCUGCGCUCGCGCUGGCGGGUCCAGGCGCGGACGAGCGGCUGUGGCACGAGGCGCUGGCGGCUGCCGCGCCCGCGCUGCCUGAUGCGUACCUGCGCGCUACGCUGCACUUCCUGGCCGCCGUGGCUGCGCCGCCGCACUCAGACCUCGCCGCCGUGCUAGUGAGUGUGACAUAA